GCUGUCGCCGGGGAGCGGGGGCAGCAAGUUGGGAUGCGCGCUACUUAAGGUCCUGCUGCGUGAGCCAUUGACGUGUUUGGAGCUGGAGACGGCCUGGGUGCUGGCGAAGCGGAGGCCGGAGUUAAUACACGAGGAACUCAUGCAAAGGAGGAGACUUUCGGAAAUCCAAACUUAGAGUGCCUUGUAUUUAGAAUCUGGAAGGAAAAGGAAAUGAAAUGUGAAGAAAUUCAUGCACCAAACUCGAACUGGUAAGAAGACUGUUAGAAUGCCCUCGGUAACACAGAGGCUGAGAGAUCCUGACAUAAAUCCUUGUUUGUCGGAAUCUGAUGCUUCCACCAGAUGUCUGGAUGAAAAUAACUAUGACAGGGAAAGGUGUUCCACUUACUUCUUGAGGUACAAAAACUGCCGGAGAUUCUGGAAUUCUAUCGUGAUGCAGAGAAGAAAGAACGGAGUGAAGCCAUUUAUGCCUACGGCAGCAGAAAGAGAUGAAAUCUUGAGAGCAGUGGGAAAUAUGCCCUAUUGAAUGUUUGCAUUAAAAGUGUUUAUAUAACUUAGAAGCAGAUGAAUAUUUCUAAUAAGUGAUUGCUGUAAUAUUUAAGACUGUACACCCCUCACCCAGACAGACCUUAAGUUCUUCAAGUGGAGACAGUGAAGUCACCCCGUGUCCUUUUUGCUUGCUCUCAGUGCCAUGCUGAUGGUAUGUUGCUGCUGGCUGUGCUGUGGCAUGAGUUUGCAUGACUUUCUGGAGGCAUGGAGUUAGGUAAGGCUACAUGAGAAAUUGAGCUUUUCCACUGGGUUUUGAAAGAAGAGUAUGAUGUGAACAAGUAAAGACUGAAUGGGGCUGAGAUGAAGGCAAUGUUUCCAAGGAAAGGAAAAGUUAUGAGCAAGAGUGUGAGGCAAGAGAAGCUGGAACCACAUUCAGAGAGUAUCCUGUAGAUUGCUCCACCUAGAAUCUCAGGUGGGUGGAGCAGUGGUGGGAGAAGACUGGAAAGGUAAGUUGAAGGUAAGGAAUGUGUGGCGGGCCUCAGAUCCCAGGCUCAUUCCUCAAAUCACUUCUUACUUCCCUCACUUAUCUUUGUUUAAAUAAGGUUAGUACAUUCACUAGGGGCAAAUGGGUUUUUCUAAAUAAAUGACAUAAAAAAGAACUGGUUGUCUUUCUUUAAAGAAAGUCUUAGUUACAGGAUUCUGUGAUUAAAAUCCUUAAAUAUUGGGUAGCCUUCUGCAGCUGUAGUAUCAGUUUUUGAACCACAGUAAUGGGAAGAAAGACAAAUGGAUUCCCUUAGAAGUAAGAUUUCUAUUUGCAGGACUAGUUGGGCAGGGAAAAGGGUCAGGGUUCAUCAGGUGAACUCAACACUGGGAUGAGACUAGAACUUCACUUUAUGAUAUAAACACAAUAUGAUUAUUCAGUGUGGUGACGGGUAGAUUGUGAAGCAGCCCUCCUUAUGCCCACUGCCUUUUAGAAUCGUUUGUUUCAUUCGUGGUAGUUUUAUGAAGACAUACUAUUAUUGAAUGAAAUUUAAUGUGUACUUGAAAACAUUGCUUUUGUCCCUUCUCUUCAUCUGGUCUUGGGUCAAGAACAUUGUUUUAAUGGCUGCCGACAAUGAACUGUCUGUCUGAGUCUAAAACCAAGCUCAGGUUUCUAAGCCACAUGACCUUGAUUGUUAAAUGUAGUUAUAUUUGAAUAAAAAAUGGAUCAUUUCCAAAA